CUCAAAAUUGAAACAACGCGGACAAACGGUUGCCAGAAACGCAGAGCCAGUGCGAAAAGAAUUUCAUAAUCAAAAGUUAAUCGAGCGCUAAAACAAACACUCGAAAAAAAACAAGCAAACCAGUGCCAGCCAAAAGUGCUAAACAAAACAAAGAGCCCCAAAGUGCACAGCCAAGUGGAAGCCAACGGCUUGAAAAUAACCCAACAAACCCCAACCAAAACCCAACAAACGGAUUACCCACACACAAUGGUCGUCGAGGAGACCUGCACCAUGCACCUGGAAAGAGAGAUGGACAUGGACCUGGAGCUGGACAUCGAUCUGGCCAUGGAGUGCGCCCCCAUUGGCCGCACUGUCAAAUCGGCCCUUCUGAGGGCCCAGAGCGAGGCGCGGGUGAUCGUGGGCCUGUCCGCCGCCAUCAACGUGCUCUCGAAGUCGCCGGAGGGAUCCCUCUUCUGCCUGAUGGCCCAGCCCAAGGACGGCGACUCCGCCACCCACAUGCACGAGGUGCUGCUGGAGGCCUUCUGCUACGAGAACGACAUCUACGUGAUCAAGGUGGACGACGCCACCAAGCUGAGCCGCAUCCUCGGCCAGGACUCCGUCGAGUCCUGCUGCCUGGUGCAGAAGGUCUGGGCCGACGCACCCGAGGAGCAGCUGACCAAGGCCGAGAACCAGCUGGUCGACUACUGCGAGGCCCACUGGGACGCCCCCCAGCACCCCAUCGUCCAGCUGCCGGCUGUGUAGGCGCGUGUGAGCGGGACGGCCAGAGAGCUUCGCAUUGAACAGGCCCCGCUGACAGUGGGCCACACAAGGUUUAAAACGCAUAAAAUCCAAAAAGAAACCAGUUGCCGGGGUUGAUGUCCCCGAACGUCUUGGAGAGUUCCCGAGGGAAACCGACGUUCUGGGGGCGUUGCCACAGCCCGCCAGGCAUACUGGCACAUAGGAUAUAUAGAGUACGCUACAAAUACCCUAACCUAGCUGUAUUCGAAAAGACGAGGAGAGGAGCAGAGGGGCGUGGAGUGGAGCGGAGGGAAUCGAAACUGAAAGGCGACCUUCGAGGCAGCAGAACCUGCAGUUGCAGUCGAGAGACCCGCGGAAGUCGCACACAGAUACUCACGCACACUCGCCCGGGGAGCAUCACACACACACCGAAGCGCGUGACCAGCUGCUGAGCCCCACAUGCAUACAUAUAGCCAAUUUGUUUCUGUAUAAUUUUUUCGCUUUAAGCGUCGCGCAAAUUUACUGAUAAUGACAAUUAUUCUGUACGCCGUAAAUUGUAAAUUGCACUUAUGAAGGAGACCAGCAAGUUGCAUGUAAAAAUUAAAGUUUUGUUAUGUUAGCUUUUCCCAAGAGAGAUAAAAAACACAUACACAAAAAAAUGUUAUUUAAUUUUAAGCACAAAAUUAAAUUGAAAAGAUUUUUAAAAAGAAAAACAAAAUAAAAACUUGAAAAAACCCAAA